ACCAAGGUAUAAAAGUCCCCACCAAAAUCAAAUCAAAUCAAAAUCAAUAAUUACUAGCGUCAGUCACCACCAACGUUACACCUGUCUCUCCUCCAUCAGCGCUCUCUUUCUCUCUCCUAAAAACCACGAACUAUUGUCGGUCGGACGAUUGCUUUCCCAUUCACAAAAGCAGAAGGAAAGAACACGACGAAAACCCUAACUCUCCACGCGGAAGAAUCGUAUCUCUAUCCAUCUAAAAAUCCACACGAGCGAUGUUUGAGAUCGUUGGGUUCAUCUGCAGGAGAGAUUGAUGAAGCAGGUCCAUCGAUGCACGAGGAUACUCAUCCUCUCUUUGCUCUCUGUCUCCGUCUUCGUCCCAAUCUUCCUUCUCUCCAACACGCUUAGACAUUUCAAUUCAGAAUCGGAAGAAUAUAUUGCAGAUUUGUCGACGAUUAAAUACAGGACAGAUGCUCUCAAACUGACUGCAAUCGAGAAGGAAGAAGGUGAAAACAUCGAAGAACCGCCACUAAUUGUGUACAAAGAUGGAGAUAUUAGUUCCGUGGUUACCAAUACUGCGGACAGGAGUAACAUGUUUGACCAAUCUGGAAAUGCCAAAGGAAGCACAGAUUUAUCUGAAAGAAAUGGUACUAAUCAGGACACAAAGGAAGAUUAUCAACAAAUUCAGCUGGAGAAACCAUCAUCAGAACAAUUGAAACAGCCAACAGUUCCACAGAGCCCGGAUGUGCAGUCACAAACAAGGAGGGUGUUAGAUGAGAAGGUAAAAGAGAUGAAAGAUCAGUUGAUCAGGGCCAAAGCAUACUUGAAAUUCGCACCACCUACUAGCAACUCUCAAUUAGUCAGAGAGCUGAAACUACGACUUAGAGAGUUGGACCGAGCUCUUGGUGACUCCAGAAAGGACUCGGAUUUGUCUAGGGGUGCUUUGCAGAGGAUGAGAGCCAUGGAGGCUACCUUGUCAAAAGCCAGCUGUGUGUAUACGGACUGCCCCGCCAUGGCCACAAAACUCCGUUCUAUGACCCACAAUACAGAGGAACGGGCCCGUACACUGAAGAAUCAAGUUGCAUUUCUUCUUCAGCUAGCUGGAAGGACAACCCCCAAAGGCCUGCAUUGCCUGUCCAUGCAGUUGACCACUGAAUACUUUGCCCUGCAGCCCAAGGAGCAGGAGUACCCUAAUCAACAGAAAAUGCUUGAUCCCGACCUCUAUCACUUUGCUGUUUUCUCUGACAAUGUUUUGGCUUGUGCUGUGGUUGUGAACUCGACGAUUUCCACCUCCAGGGAACCAGAGAAGAUAGUCUUUCACGUAGUGACGGAUUCUCUAAACCUCCCAGCAAUUUCGAUGUGGUUCUUAUUAAACCCUCCUGGUAAAUCUGCAAUGCAGAUCCAGAGCAUAGACUCUUUUGAAUGGUUGUCAGUGAGGUACAAUGUAACACUGGAGAAGCAGAACUCCCAUGACCUAAGAUACACCUCUGCACUGAACCACCUUCGUUUCUAUCUGCCAGACAUGUUCCCUAAUCUGAAUAAGAUCUUGCUACUUGACCAUGAUGUGGUAGUACAAAGGGAUUUGACACAACUUUGGAGCGUCAAUAUGAAGGGGAAAGUAAAUGGAGCAGUGGAGACUUGUCAGGAAGGUGAACCCUCAUUCCGGCGGAUGGAUAUGUUCGUGAACUUUUCAGACCCAUCUAUUGUAAAUAGGUUUGAUCGCAAUUCAUGCACGUGGGCUUUUGGACUGAACGUGUUUGAUCUUCAAGAGUGGAGGAGACGAAAUCUAACUGGUGUCUACCACAAAUAUCUCCAAUUGGGAUAUGUAAGGCCGUUGUGGCUGGCAGGUAGUUUGCCGUUAGGUUGGGUUACCUUCUACAACUACACAGUGGGUUUGGACAGGACGUGGCAUGUACUUGGGUUAGGUUAUGAAUCCGGUGUCAGGAGGGGAGACAUUGAACAAGCAGCAGUGAUACACUUCGACGGGCUUAUGAAGCCUUGGUUGGAUAUUGGGCUUGAGAUAUACAAGGAAUACUGGAGGAAACAUGUCAACUAUGAAAGCCACUUUCUCCAACAGUGCAAUAUACAUCCAUAAUUAAAACCUACACCAGGAGAUGCCUGAAUUUUGACCCGCUUUACCACAGAUUCGUUGCUCUUUUGAUCGAGGAACUGCAUAUAAUUCUUUUUCUCAUUCUUCCACAAUUUUGCUGUGGAAUUUUGACUGCAUAAUUGGCGCCGAGUCAAAUACUAGCUAUAAUAGGGAUAAAAAGGGAGUCCUUUACAGUUAGUUAAUCUGCAGGUACUUGUAUGUACAUAACUCAUAAUAGGUGAAUUCGAUAGGAAAUUUAUAUGACCUGAUUCUUUGUUUUUCAAGUGAUAUUGAAACCAAUCAUAUUGCUGCAAGAA